AUGCGGCUGCGCCUGCGAUGCGGAAAUUCCUACAGGCUCGGUGACCUGCAAUGGUGCAUGGUCCAUGUUCCCGAAAACGUCUUCACAGUGCGAGACUUUGCAGGACAUGUAUCCCGACUGCUAGAACUGAACCUCCAUGGCGGCAAUGCAGAGCUUCCGCAGAUCUUGCUCGAUGGCUUCAUGGUGCCACAUGAUGAGGAGGUGCGAGAAGUCCUCAGAGACGAUGAGGUCGUGGACGUGGAGGUGUUGGACUCUGCUGGAGUGGAGCCUUCUCAAGGCUCACAGAAGAGGCACCAAGCAGACGUGCCUGGACACGGAGGGAACAAGAGGCUGAAGGGGAGUCCGGCGCAUGAAAAACCCGUCAUGGCCCUAGGAUGGCAACCCGAUCCCGAGAAGAGCGAUGCUGACAAGGCGGUCGAAGCUGCCGCGCCCACAGCGAAGGCCCUUGCGCUCGCAACGUGCACAGAUGGUGUACCGAGCAACGGUAGUGGCAAGGACGAGGGCCGUGGGAUUUUUGUCGGUGGGCUGCCAACCUCGGUGGACGACAAGGAGCUGCGCAAACACUUUGAGCAGUUCGGCACUGUCCAGGAUGCCACCGUGGUCAUGAAUCAAAAGACAGGGAAGCCCAAGGGCUUUGGCUUCGUGGAGUUCAGGGAGCCGGGUGCGAGAGAAAAGGUCCUGAGCUCAGGUGCCACACAGCAAAUCCAUGGCAAAACCGUGGAGGUGAAACUGAGACAAGUCAGGGGAGCCAAAGGUGUCUCAGGAAAGGGCGAAGGAAAGGGCGGUGGGAAGGCUGGAAAGGGCGAAACUCGGAAAGGAUCCGGGCACGAAGGUGGUAAGGGUGGAAACGGUGGUAAAGCUGGGAAAGUGGCUUCCAAGGUUCCACAAAUCCGCAAACCGCAGCUCGACGACAGCGACAGCGACGAGGAGGAAGAAGAUGAAGUGCCGACCAAGAAGGCACCUGCUGCGGCAAAAGGCCAGCCGCAGGAAGAGUUGUCGGAAGAGAUGAAGCAGAUGGCGGCUCUCGGGUUGCCAGUGAGCUUUACAGCCAGUCAGAAUGCAGGAGGAGACGAUUCAGAAGAAGAGGAGGAAGAGGAGGAGGGAGACGAUGACUGA